GCCGUUUUGGUCUCUCUCCCCCCGGGGAGCGAGCACUCGGCGGCGAAGGGGAGGCUUGGGGCCAUGGCCGGGGGCGACGAUCAUGGUCGCACCCUGCCGCUCCUGUCGAGCGAAGUCUCCAGCCAGUCCCUGCUGUCGCCCAUGAACCCGGACUCGCCGUGCGGCGACGAGGAGGGCCAGCCGGGCUCCCAGCCGGGCUCGCCGACGUCCGCGUCCGCGGCUGAGCUGGAGCUGCCCCUGUGCCUGAAGGUGUUCGUGUUCGUCGUUUUCACCCAGGUGGUGCAGGCGUUGAUGUCGUACGAUGGCGGCGCUACUCAAUUCAGCACAGAGCAGCUUGGAUCUUCUGGCUGGUCACCUCUUGAGCUUGGAAGCCUAGGCGCGAUGGACAAGAUUGGCCAGGUGGCGACUGCGUUUGUCUGGGGCGCUCUGCUCAUGCGCCACGACAACAAGAUAAUGCUGGCAGUCGGACUGUUCUGGAAGGCGCUCUGCUGCUUUCUCUUCGGCUACCUGCAGUGGCAGCGCAUGACGGCAUGGAAUAAGUGCUUGAUGCUGGUUGUGAAGCUCGGCAUGGGCAUCUCGGAGGCCCUGAUAAGCGUCUGGGCCACCGUUUGGGUCCAGCGCAUGGCGCCCCCGGACGCCCGCGCCCGCUGGCUCGGCCUGGCAGGCACCUCGGCAGGGCUGGGCAACGGAGUCGGCUCCGGCGUGGCCAGCCUGUGGGAUCCCGUGAUGGCCUUCUUCCUGCAGGCGGCGAUCCUGUUUGCCAUCCUGGGCGUCCUCGUCCUCCUUCCGGGGCGGGCGUUCAGCUUCAAGAGCGCAGGCGCCGACCUCGCGGGUCUCGACGGAGACGAGCUCCAGGAAGGCGAGGCGAUGCCCGUCAUGGCCCGGCGCAUCAGCAACCGUCCGCAGAUGUUUCUGGCGACGGAGGCGGCUUACAGGAGCACCCAGUCGCACACGGUCGUCAUAGAGAGCGUACGGUACCCCGGGUAGCUGCGGGCCUGCAGCCCAUCCCGCCACCGUGCCUGCCUCGGGGCCCCCCCUCGGUCCGUCUUGGGGCGCUCCUGGGCCCGCGAGAGGAGCAUCACGCGAGCAGACUCUCCGCGGUGCGGGAGGCACGCCGGGAGUCCCGGGCGAUUCAGGAAGUCGGGGCCCGGGGCCCUGCAGUGUUCACCCUGUGGGCCGAGGGCUGGGGAGCACCAAGGGGCCCGAGGGCACCUCAACUCGUGCCUCGCGGCACGGUGGCGGAUUUCUUGGACGCGAGCCUGGAGGAGCAGGACACGCCCAUGCACCGACUGGGGGUGGACGUCGGCGCGCACUACAAGGUGCGGCUGACCAGGGACGACGUCAGGAGGGGCGGCACCUGGGCGCGGUUCAAGAUGCGCCUCCUGGACGACAACGCGGUCACGUUCGAGAGCGUCCGGCUGCCCGGGCACUUCCUGGACGCCCGGAGCAGCAGGGCGAGGGUCACGCAGGGCGACCCGUCGCGCGUCUGGGCGCAGUUCGUCCUGGACCGGGCGUGGAACGCGGGGCCCGUGCACAUCCAAGGUUUCGGGGACCACAAGCAUGGAUACCUGUCCUCUGGCGAGAAGCGAGGUGAUCAACGGAGGGUAACAACUUGCCUCAAAGAUGCCCCGGCGGCGGGCGACCAGUUUUUGUUGCAGGAGGCGUCGGGGGACCACGUUCGCCGAGGGUCCUUGGAACCUCCUCGG